AUGGUUUCCUUCUUCGGCCUCAAGUUAGGCGGUGACAAGAAGAAAAAGCCGGACAAGGUUCAAGAGCCUCAAGCUCCGCAACAGCCACGAAAGAUCGAUCAGAACCUUCUCGGUGAGGGUCAGUUCUUUGGUACCAAUGUCAACAAGAAGGGCGUCGUCAAUGGCAGCAUCCGCUCCUUCUCGCGGCCGGGCACCGCAUAUUCAAACAGGACCAGCGCCUUCAAGACCACGCCCUACGCCCACGACACUCAUAACCUCGCGGCCUCUAGCAUGUAUGAUCUGUCUAACAUGAACAACCUCACCCGUGUGCCAAGCUUCACCAGCCUCAAGCAGUCCGCUUCCGACACCGCUCUGCGCGGUAAUUUUGGGAACACGUCCACCGUAAGCCUCGGCCUCCCUCCGAGCAUCAGCGCAGGUGCGGGCUCGUCUGCUCGCCCGAGCACCUCGCACGGCGGCCAAGGUGCGACGAAACCAUGGGUGAACCCGCUCGACGUGCACUUCAACCGGCCUACGCCCACUGGGUCCAAAUCGCCACUCGGCCAGUACGCGCUGCAGCUGAACGUUGACAGCGACGGAUCAUCCUUGUUGGGUGACAAGCCCGAGAAUAUCGCCGACGCCAUCUCAGACCAGAUCGACCGAGAUGAGAAAGAGGCAAAGGCUCGGGCACAGCGAGCCUUUAGCUCCUCUUCAGGUGUGCGGCCAAAGGACCUGCGCGUCCCAUUGACCAGCUCUCACUCUUACCCGUCCCCUCCUGAGUCGGUUACGGGGGAGCGCGCCGUUUUUGCUAGUUCCAAACGACCCAUGGAUCGGUCCCAGAGCCCUCUCUCCAAAGCGGAUGCUAGUAGUGGCCCUCAUAGACCGCUGUCUCACGGCUUCAACGGUCCGACAGAGCUGCCGAGCCCACCGAUGUCGCAGGAGGAAGACGACGAGGAGCGAGCAAGCUGGGAGAGCAGGCCCAUCAUCCAGAACGUUGCGGCGAAGCGAGAUACGCUCACCAUCAACCCCGGACGGCGACAAAGCUUGUCGAUGAAGAUUGAAGAGCUCGAGAGGACGCUCGUCAACCAGCAGAGGGCCCACGAGGGAGCGGCACGGGCGGCUCAGGCGGCUCAGCAAGAAGCGGAGCAACGAUUUGGCCAGGGCGAAAGACGGCCAUCUCUGCCCUUUGCUGAGCGAGGACCACGCUCGCAGAGUCCAGCAGGUACGCCAGGCAUGCGGCCUCCGAUGCAUCACGGCGAAGGUCCUCGACCACAAAGCCCUAUGGGACGACCGGUACGGCCACAGAGCCCCGCUGGAAUGCGAGGUCCUAUGGGCGGACCUCGGACCCAGAGCCCUAUGGGCAGACAUCCACGUCCACACAGCCCGGCUGGCAUGCGAGGACCUCGACCGCAAAGUCCGGCCGGCUUCCACGGCCCGCAUCCUCAUGGUCCGGCCGGUAUGCGGGGCCCACCACGUGGCCCUCCGCCUCGAGGACCGCUCCCACGCCCUCGCAGCCCCGCGGGUAUGAGAGGGCCUCGCCCAGAUAGCCCGAGCGGCAUGCGCGGUCCGCUAGACCGACCUCCACGCCCACACAGCCCUUCAAGCCACGGCUCCCGGAAUCAGAGCCCCAUGGCCCGGCAUCGCAGACCUGAGAGCCCGGCAGGACAACAACCUAGGCAUGGCCAGUGGUCUCAGCCGCCGCCAAUUGCGCAACAACCUCGGCCACAGAGUCCUUCGGGUUAUGGACCACACAACCAUAGCCCAGUGGGACGGGAGUCUAGGCCAGAUAGCCCGGUAAUCAGGCAUCCUGUCCAAGUGCGGCAUCCGCCCCCGGAGGAAGCACAAGCACCACCGCCUCGGCCACAUAGCCCUGCCGGUCUGCAGGCCCCCCGAUCCGGAAGCCCACUGAAUCAGACUCAGCGCGCAGAGAGUCCCAUGGACCCGGAUCGGCGGGUCAUUUCCCCUGUGAGCCAGUCUACGAUCAGCAGUCCGCUGGCAAAUUCAUUCUCGGCUGCUUCUCUUGGCCGUCCGCCUACGAGCCGACCCCCUCGACCAAAGCCGGAUGAUCCCCCUGAUCGAUCCGCCUCAGCUGCUACCACCGUUCCGGGCCCCGGAGCCCGAGCCCGAGCCCGAGGUCUCGAAGCCGCCCAACUUUGCCCGCCCGCGUCCCCCACCGCUCAAAGCCACGUCGCGGGCCCUCGUCCCCCCGACUCCCACGUCGGCCGACUGGCCUCUGCCGUCUCCGAACGCGCCGCAGGCCUCGAACGGCUCCUCGCCGCCGCUCUCGCCGACGUCGCCGCCGCCGCUGUCACCGCCCCUGCACUCGCCGUCCUCCUUCACGCACCAGCCGCUCUCGCCGCCGCCGCGCAGCCCGGCCCGCCCGAUGGUGCGCGCCAAGCCGCCCCCUCCGCUCGAGUUCUCGGCCGAGAGCUACACCGCGGCCGUGGGGCCGGGGCCCUGGACGCCGCCGCUGCGCAGGCCGACGAUCGACGGCACGGCGGACCCGGACCAGCGGCCCGUGACGGCCGGCAAGCAAGGAGUGGGGUCGGGGUCGGGGUCGUCGUCGUCGCCUUCGCGGACCGUGGUGCCGGCGGCGGAGAGGGAGCAGUUCUUCGACAAGGGGUUCGACUUUGGGCUCGGCCCGGCGCUGUCGCCGUCGUCGCCUGUGCGGAGGCCGAAUCACGGGCUGCAGAGCCCGACGGGGAUCGCGGAUAA